CUUGAAAAGAAAAAUUUAGUAGUUUUCUGAAUGGUGGAAACACGUGACAAACAACUCUUCUCCCUCCUCCCGAGCCUUUCUUGGUUUCUCCCGUUGACGUGUUCCUGCAGAGCAGAUGGCUUUACACAUAAAUCCUAUUAACAACUUUCUGCUGAUGGAGAUGCAGUGAGCACAGGGUUUUCUCUCUCUGUCAUCAUCUCCCCUGAGAGGUCUGCUUUUUUAUUUUCUAAGCCAUAAAAAGAAGCGGUGGGAGAGCUGAAUUUGGAGGCCACGUCAUGUCUGCAGAGAAGAAACCAAAAAAGAAGAAAGAAGAGGCCAAUGGUACAACAGAAGCCAAGCUGAAUGGAAUUGAGACCAAGCCCAAAAAAGCAAAGACAAAGAAGAAUGAAGAUGUAGCCAAAGAGGACAGUUCUGCCAUUCAGAAUGGGAAGAAAGUGAAGAAAAAGAAGCUAGAAAAAGACAAAGAGGAACCAGAAAAGGAGAGAGAGACUAAAAAGAAAGCGAAAAGUGCUCCAAAAAAGAAAAAAGAUUCAGACUCAGAUGAUGACGAUGAAGAGGACGGUGAAGAUACUCCGAAAAAGAAAACUAAGAAAAAAACAACCAAGGAUAGCUCUCCAUCUGCAAGUUCCACCCGAGAGAAGAAAACUAAAACUAAAGAUGACAAAGAUUCUGAUGGAAAAGAAAAAAAAUCCAAGUCAAAGGAAAAAGACAAGAAGAAGGAACCAGCUUCAAUGUUCCAGAUAAAUGAAGACAAAAACUCAAAAAGCAAAAAGAAAGCGGCCAAAUCAGAAAGUGAUGACAGUGAAGAAGAAACAAAGUCAACCAGAUCAAAGAAAAAAUCCAACUCCGGCUCUGCAUCCAUGUUUCAAACAUCAGCAGAUAAGGACAAAGACAAGAAGACCAAGAAAAAAGCAAAGGCAGAUGAAAGUGAUGAUUCUGAAUCAGAAAAAGAAGAAAAAACAAAGAAGAAGAAGGGCAAAGGGAAGAAGAAAAAAGAGCGCUCUCCCUCACCUGAAAUUGAGUUUGAUAACUUGGAGAAGUUUGUGAUGGAGCCAGCUCCGCAGGGUGUGACUGUCAAAUGCAGAGUGACUCGGGAUCAGAGAGGGAUGGAUAAGAGCCUCUACCCUCUGUAUUACCUUCAUCUAGACAAUGAAAAAAAGACGUUCCUACUGGCUGGACGGAAGAGAAAGAAAAGUACGACUUCAAAUUACCUCAUCUCCAUCGAUGCCACAGAUUUAUCAAGAGGGGGCGAGAAUUUUGUGGGAAAGCUGAGGUCAAAUUUAAUGGGGACUAAGUUCACUGUAUUUGACAACGCUCUGAAUCCAGAAAAAGCUCUUCCAGACAUGUCUAAUGCUCGGCAAGAGUUAGCAGGCAUCAUCUACGAAACCAAUGUCUUAGGAAUCAAAGGACCCAGAAGGAUGACUGUCAUUAUUCCAGGAAUGAACAAAGACAACGAGCGAGUACCACUCCGACCAAGAAAUGAAUGUGAUGGCUUGCUGAUAAGAUUCCAAAACAGAAGGAUGGAAAAUCUGAUCGAGCUUCACAACAAGACGCCUGUGUGGAACGAAGAGACGGCAUCUCAUGUGCUCAACUUCAACGGCAGGGUCACCCAAGCCUCCAUCAAGAACUUCCAGAUAGUCCACAACAAAGAUCUGGACUACAUUGUGAUGCAGUUUGGACGAAUAGCUGAUGACAUUUUCACACUGGAUUACAACUACCCGCUGUGCGCUGUGCAGGCCUUUGCCAUCGCACUUUCCAGCUUUGAUGGCAAAAUCGCUUGUGAAUAACACACAAAUCUUCAGUUGUGGACUCACACUUAAACUAGCAUACAACAAACCCACAUUCACAUCAGAUCAACCCAGUGUCUUUGGACUCGCCUACACUUCCUGUGAUAGGUGUCGAUAACAGCAAUGGUUCCUCAAAUGUGACAAUACCUGCUGUUGUGCUGCUGUUAUCCGUGUGAGUGCCCCCAGGUGUAAGAAAAAAAAAUCGUUGUCAUGUUAUCGUCUGAUCUUGCAUGACAUGGUGCAGAAGAAUCUUCUGUUUUUCAUUCUCAGUAUUUCACUGGAAUCAUCUGAACUUCUGGGAACUACAGAAAGACACACCAUUGGGACUCCAGUGACUGGAGAGUUAUGUUUCAGGGAGAUAAUUGUACACCUCAUUUGUGAAGGUGUUUGAAGACUGCUAACAUCAUUAAAGGAUGUUAAACCGUGAAUUUAUUUUUUUGCUUUGUUGUGCUUUGACGUAUUGUGUUGCUGUAUAGCGCCAAUUUUUGUGUCAAAUGUGACUGUAAAUGCAGAAUUAAUUACAAAUUACAAUAAAAAAUAUUUCUCUUUAGGGCAAAAUCAAAAUUAGACUUUGUGACAGUAAUCAUCUGCACAAAAGACACACUUUGAUUUUAUUCAAUUUUAUUUAGUGACUGUGAAACCGUUUUGUGUAUCUGUGUACAUUAAUAUACACACAGGUGUGAAAAUCUUUUUUCUAGCCAUGUACGUUACGUUUCUCCAAAUAUAUAUGUUUCUAGAUAACUGGCUCUAAUCUGAACUCCUGUAGGUUUUUGUAUGUUGUCUUUUUUAAUUUCUUCAUGUUCAUAAACAUUGCCUUCGCUGCAGGCUUAUGGGAAUAAUUCAAAUGAAUUAAAUUUCCUUGUUAACUAAAUUGCUUUGAAGUCAGCUUGUAUAAAUGUAUGUUUUUGU